AUGGGUAAUGUCCUGGCUGCCAGCUCCCCAGCGCCCCCUCCUGCAGUGCCGGGGCCAGGCUCCGGCUUGGUGUCAGUGCCACCCGGCUUCGCCAUGCCCCCCGUCAGUGGGCUGGUUCCCCCAUCGCAAGAUCGUGCUGCAGAAGAGAAAUGUGAGCAGCUUCCCAACCCGGGCACGUUUGAGGAGUGUCAUCGCAAAUGCAAAGAAUUAUUCCCUGUCCAGAUGGAGGGGGUGAAGUUGACUGUGAACAAAGGUCUCAGCAAUCAUUUCCAGGUCAAUCACACGGUAGCGCUCAGUACAGUCGGUGACUCCAAUUACCACUUCGGGGUGACCUAUGUUGGGACAAAACAGCUGAGCCCCACAGAGGCCUUCCCAGUGCUCGUGGGCGACAUGGAUAACAGUGGCAGCCUGAAUGCACAGAUCAUCCACCAGAUCACAAACAAAGUUCGCUCCAAGGUGGCCUUUCAGACGCAGCAGUCAAAAUUUGUGAACUGGCAAGUGGAUGGUGAAUACCGGGGCGCGGACUUUACUGCCGCAGUCACGCUAGGGAACCCCGAUAUUUUGGUAGGCUCAGGGAUCAUGGUGGCGCAUUACCUGCAGAGCAUCACGCCGAGCCUGGCGCUGGGCGGGGAGCUGGUAUACCACCGCCGCCCAGGAGAGGAGGGAACCGUCAUGUCCCUGGCUGGGAAAUACACAGCACCGAACUGGAUUGGGACCCUGACAAUAGGCCAAGCGGGAGCACAUGCCACAUAUUACCAUAAAGCCAGCGAUCAGCUGCAGGUGGGAGUAGAAUUCGAAGCCAGCACUCGCAUGCAGGACACGAGCGUAACGUUCGGCUACCAGCUAGAUCUGGCAAAAGCCAACCUACUCUUCAGAGGCUCCGUCGACAGCAACUGGAUUGUGGGGGCAGCGCUAGAGAAGAAGCUCCUCCCCCUCCCCCUCACGCUGGCCAUGGGCGCCUUCCUCAACCACCGAAAAAACAAAUUCCAGUGUGGUUUUGGCCUGACCAUUGGCUAAGCCUGUCCACCUGCCUCCCUUCACC